UUUCUGCUCACAGUUUAAAGCUCUGAAGGGGCCAGUGCUGAAGCAGGGCUGCGGAUGCGGAUCUAUGGAUGCAGGACGAUGCAUCGCCAAUCAAACAUCACAUUUCCCCUCUGACAGCCUACAGAACAGCUCUGAUCACAGAUCGCUGUUUGCCUGACAUCUCCGAGUGUUACUGGUGCCUGUGUUGUAAUGUGAAGCAGCCUUGCGGAUGGAUGGGUUAUAUGACCACUGACCACUAGUCUAGUAAACCAAUGUGUGUAAACUGGUCUCUGCAUCCCAACUAAGGACACACACCAUCUGACUGAAGGCUCUCUCUCUCUCUCUCUCUCUCUCUCUCUCUCUUUCGUCUGUAAGCUGCAGUCAUGUUCUGGAAGUUCGACCUGCACAACUCCUCUCAGAUUGAGAAGCUCUUGGAGAAGGAGGACGUGACCCUACAGGAGCUGCUGGAUGAAGAAGAUGUGCUGCAGGAGUGCAAGGCCCAGAAUCAGCGCCUCCUCCUCUUCCUCACUCGGGACAGCAGCAUGCUGGAGCUCCUCAACCUCAUCACGCAUGAGCCCCCUGCUGACCGGGAGGAGAAACUGCGCUACAAGUAUGCUAAUGUAGCAUGUGAGUUGCUGACAUGCGAUAUGUCCCUCAUCAAUGAUAAAGUUGGUGGAGACGAGUCUCUGAUGAACACACUCUAUAGUUUCCUAGAGCAGAAGUCAGCGCUGAAUCCUCUACUGGCUUCCUUCUUCAGUAAGGCCUUCGGCAACCUCAUCACCCGCAAGACAGAGCAGGUAAUUGGUUUCCUAAAGAACAAGGAGGAUUUCGUAGGGCAGGUGUUGAAACACUUGGACACGUCGGCCAUGAUGGAUCUUGUGCUGCGUCUCAUUAGCAGCGUGGAGCCCGUCUGUCUCAGACAGGAAGUGCUUACUUGGCUGAAUGAAGAGAGGCUGAUCCAGAGACUCGUUGAGCUGAUACACCCUCACAGCGACAGUGAGACGCAGUCGAACGCAUCUCAGACGCUGUGUGACAUCAUCCGUCUGAGCAGAGAUCAGGCCAGUCUGCUGCAGGAGACGUCAGAGACCGACCCUCUGCUCACAACACUAGAGCUACAGCAGAAUGUCGAGGCACUAUUGAAGAACAUGUUUGAAGGGGAAAAGAGUGAAGUGUGCAUUGUCAAUGGAACUCAAGUUCUACUCGCACUGUUGGAAACUCGUAGACCAGGUGUUGAGCAGGUGAUUGACCCGUGCUCUCAGGGAUUGGAAAAGUCUUACACUGUAAACAACAGCAUUUUAAUGGGCAUCCAACCACAUCUAAAGCAAUUCCACCACCUUCUGUUAAACCCACCCAAGAAAUGUGUGAUGUUGACCACGAUGGGUGUUCUGGAGGAGCCGUUUGGCAACGCGCGACUGCAUGCAUCCAGACUGAUGGCUGCUCUUCUGUACACCAGAGCUCCCAGAAUCCACCUCGAGCUCUGCCAACUGAACAUGAUCAACCUACUGCUGGAUUUGUUUUUCAAAUUCUCCUGGAAUAACUUCCUACACAUCCAAGUAGAGCAUUGUGUCUCUGCCAUCCUUAACCAGACGACACCUAUCGGGAAAACACACGACAGUCCAGAUCAGAUUCAGCUGGAAACACAAGACACACAAAACUCAGACAAAUCUGACAUGUUCACAUGCUGUGACAUGAUGAAGCAUCUGCUGAAAGACUGCAGUCUGGUUCAGAGGAUUUUGGAUGCUUGGGAGGAAAAUGACAAAACACAGGAAGCUGGAGGCAUGAGAAAAGGCUAUAUGGGUCAUAUGACCAGAAUUGCAAACACAGUGGUGCAGAAUGCAGAGAGAGAACAGGAACAGACCCAAAUUGCACGGCUAAUAAAAGAGCUACCAGAGGACUAUAAAGCACGCUGGGAGCAGUUUGUGAAUGAAACGCUAACAGAAACUAACAAGAAAAACACAGCAGACCUGGUGUUCUCAGAUUAUCAGAUCCAGCAAAUGACGGCGAACUUUGUUGAUCAGUUUGGACUGAAUGACGAUGAAUUCGGAGACCAUGACGGCAGCAUCAGCGCCACGUUCGAUCGAAUCACAGAGAUCAAAUUUAACCUGGUGGCUGAGGGGGCGAGCUCUGCCAUCUUUGAGACUCGCACAAAAGAGCGAAUCCGGCCAUUUGAUGAUGCUGAGGAGGAGGAAGACAUUUGGGAGGAUAAAGAAAUCAACUAUGCAACACAAGUGAAAGCCAGAAGCAGGUUUGGACUGGUGACAAACGCUCAGAAGAGCGAGGCGGAUGGUGGCUCUCGCAGACGUCUGGAGUCACCUGACAUGGAGUGGUUUCCAGAGACCAAACAAACUCAAGAAAAUACCAAGAACCAGGAAAUGGACAAGCAGUCCAGCGAUCCGCAAAGUCCUGGAUGGAUAGCGAGUUUUGAAGACGACUUCAGCUGUCGGGAUUUCACGAGUAUCGUGAUGGAUACGGGCUCCAGUGUGUGGGGGAGCUCUACCGCCCAGCUCAGUGAGACGGAGGAGAAGGGAUGGGCAACUUUCACAGACUUCCAGCCCUUCUGCUGUUCAGAUGCAGGACCCAGAUGCAGUUCACCUGUGGACUCGGAAAAUCCAAACAAACCGAGCCAAAAUGAAGAAAUUAAAAGCUCGUCGGCGUGUGUGUGGAAUGUGUGUGGGGCGAGGAAGGCUCCGCUGGUGGCGUCUGACAGCAGCUCCAGUGAGUCAGACAGUGAGGAAGAGGAGAACCGAACCAACAUCAUCACAGAGAGUGUCGCCACAGCCAAUGCCAAGGACAACGUUAAACUCAGUGUAGAUGCAAAAAAUGAGAAGGCAGUCUUCAUCAGUGACACUAAUGCCAGAGCAACAGGUGGCAUGGCAACAGAUGUCAUAGCAACAGGAAGCAUCCCUGGUACUCAGUCACCCAAGGAGCAGAAGGGUGACUCCAGUAGUAACGGCCCAAUGUAACAGCGUUUCACCCGCCGCUCGCCUCCAUCCCCAUGACAGCUGUUACUCCACCCAUCAAAUGUUAAAGGCCGUGGCUUCCUGUUUUCAAACACGUUUCCUUUCCCUCUGGCAUUUGCCGUUUCCAUCGGUCUGCCGUAUAGUUACAUGGGUGUUUUUGGUUUGAGCAUAAGCGGUACUCUAGUUGAUCUCUGUCUUCCCUAAUGAAGACAUCUUCACU